UAUAUAAAAAAAAAAUUAUAAAUAGAUCCAAAUGGAUUUAUUCAGGGUUGACUGGAGUGAUUUAAUGAUGCUAAGAAAAGCACUUAUAGUUUUAAAAAGAAAUAAAAAGAGAGUCGCAGAAGAAAUGAAUAAACAUUCUGAUUCUAUUGGAUCCACUAUGUCUCGCAGUCUUUCAAGCAAGGAUGUUUUUGCAUUUUCAACUGAUACAAAAAUUAGCAACAUAAUCUAUAAGCAGGCCGUGGAAGCAGCAAGAUGCAAGCUAACUUACACAAAGGACUUAAUUUGUUGUACUUUCGUAUCUUAGAUUUUAGCCUGAAAAAAGAGGUCAACCCUUUACUUACUGUGUUUAAUGAGACUGAUUACAAUAGGUUCAAAGCUGAAUUUACUACAAAAAUACCAAUAAGUGCUUAUGCUGGAAACACUUCCAAAAGAUACUUGACUAGAGUUGAAGGAACAGAAAACAAGAAGCAGAUGAUAAAACUUAUCAAAGAAGAAGUUAUGACUAUAAGUGAUACUAAAAAUAGCCAAAAGAAGCUUUGGGUGUUGAAGGUGAUGAAACUGUUUUAUGUCACUCUUACUUCUUCAGACUUUGCAAACGAAGAUUCUUAUCUGUAUUUUGUCCUCUCUCCAAUCUUUAAAAAUUUGCUACUUAACCAUCCUCGUAAUUGCCUCAUUUUUGGAGAAGUAAACUUGAAGGCUAAAGCUAUUGAAGUUAAUCGAUACUUGGACGAAGACGAGAGAAGUUUUACUGGACCAAAGAUUGACCUCAUUAUCAAAGACAAGAAGUACAACUUAGAAAUUAUGAUAGUAGAAGUUUCCGGCCCGCCACAAAAAGUAAAUCGAACACACUUUCUGGAAGAUAGGAACAAGAUAGCCAAAAACCUAAAAGCCAUGUUCAAGCAUAUUGUUUCAAAAAUGGAAGUUCUGUCUGUAACUCUUAUCAGGAAACUUAAGCUGUACGGGCUUCAGUUCUACAACAACAAAGUAUUUAUCUACAGUUUAUCUAAGCCAUGUGUUUAUAGCUAUGUGUUUGUCAAGGACUUUGAAUUCUCUACUCUGGGUGAAUUUUCAAUUUUAAAACAAUCUAUGCCAACAUUCUUUAAGAACUUUUCUGCUAUUAGCCAUUUGAUUGAAGCAACACAUGACGUUCUCGACGAAAUAUUCUCUAUUGACGAAAAUCAGGAAGUUCUUGAAGAAAGUAGCGAAGAUCCAAGCCCUCAUGUGUCGCCCCGCAAAAAACAAAAAGCAAGAGCUGAAGAAAAGUAGGACCUGAAAUAUUUUUUUAUUGUAGUCAUAUAGUGCCU